AUGACAGACGGUGGUAUCCAGCGCCGUCAGCGCCUUGAAAAUGCAUAUGAUCAGAUUGCACACAAGCUCCCGGUUCCCAGCAUUGAUUUCACGGUGUACACCAUGGAUGAUGGUGAGCAGGUGUCAACAUUGGAUCGCGUCAUCAAGGAUGUACAAGCGCCAGCAUUUCAGACCCCGACUCCUGAGCAGUUUUGGAGUAAGAAGGAUCCUUCGAAGCCGGAUGUCCAGUUUUUGAAAAAUCACUUUUACAGAGAGGGGCGACUCACGCAUGAUCAGGCUCGGUAUAUUCUCACCAAAGCAACAGAGCUGCUACGUGCUGAACCAAAUUUACUGGAGCUCGAUGCACCUAUUACUGUAUGCGGUGACAUUCAUGGACAGUACUAUGAUCUUAUGAAAUUGUUUGAGGUUGGUGGAAAUCCAGCGGACACUCGCUACUUGUUCCUAGGCGACUAUGUCGACAGAGGAUACUUUUCCAUUGAGUGUGUUUUAUAUUUGUGGUCACUCAAGCUUUGGUAUCCAAAUUCACUAUUCCUGAUCCGGGGAAACCACGAGUGUCGUCACUUGACAGAUUAUUUUACGUUCAAACUCGAAUGCAAACACAAGUAUUCAGAAGAAAUCUACGACUUGUGUAUGGAGUCGUUCUGCGCGCUUCCACUGGGAGCUGUGAUGAACAAACAGUUUUUGUGUAUUCAUGGAGGACUUUCUCCGGAGCUACAAACGCUUGAUGAUCUUCGAUGUAUCAAUCGAUUCCGCGAGCCUCCUACACAUGGCCUAAUUUGCGACAUUCUCUGGGCAGAUCCACUCGAAGAGUUUGGCCAGGAGACAACAAACGAGAGCUUUGUGCACAACCAUGUUCGUGGUUGUUCUUACUUUUUCACGUAUCAUGCAGCUUGUCAGUUCUUGGAACGCAACAACCUUCUAUCGAUCAUUCGUGCUCAUGAGGCCCAAGACGCGGGCUAUCGUAUGUACCGAAAAACCAAAAUCACUGGGUUCCCAUCUGUUAUGACCAUCUUUUCUGCACCCAACUAUCUCGAUGUGUACAACAAUAAAGCUGCAGUUCUCAAGUACGAAAACAAUGUGAUGAACAUUCGCCAGUUCAACUGUACACCUCAUCCUUAUUGGUUACCGAACUUUAUGGACGUUUUUACCUGGAGUCUUCCGUUUGUGGGCGAAAAAGUGACGGACAUGUUGAUUUCGAUUCUGAACAUCUGUUCCAAAGAAGAGCUCGAGGAGGAAGAAGACGACUCGUCUGUGGAAUUCCGUGGGCGGUAUACAACUCCAGCCUCCUCGUCAGCUAUCGCAUCAUCAUCACGGCCUGGCGGCAAUAUUAUGGAUGACUCGUCAGGUUCUGACGAGUAUGCCGAGCGCCGCACUGUGAUCAAAAACAAGAUUCUCGCGGUUGGUCGCAUGUCUCGCGUUUUUCAUGUACUUCGUGAAGAGGCUGAGCGUGUAUCGGAGCUCAAGAUUGCUUCCGGUACUGGCAAACUCCCUUACGGCACGCUGGCGCUUGGCUCUGAGGGCAUCAAAGAAGCUAUUCACAACUUUGACGAGGCGCGGAAAGUCGAUAUUGAGAACGAGCGCAUGCCACCUUCACUUGUGGAUGCACGUGAUAUGCCCGACCAACCUCUCACACCUAUGCCAGCACUUGCGAAUACGUUACCAUCCAAUAUAUCUGCACCUAUUACCUCGCCCGAGGCACGUAUGCCCUCAACACACCGACGCUCUCAUUCGCGCACAAGCUCUUUAGGAACGACAAUGUCAAGUCCAUCGAACCGCCGACGAUCAAUUGAAUCUACAGUGAGCAUGAUCCGUGAGGCAUUGGAAGGUGGCUCCGGUGCAGGGCAUCGCAGCAGUGCCCCAUCUUCUCCCAAUUCAUCGCGUUCGCGCGAGCGUCGCUAA